UCGGAAGCAACCCUGCGCUGGACGGAAUCCAAAACAAAAGUUGAACUAACUUUAGUCUUAAAUGGCUUUAAAAAAGUUAGUAAAAGACGCUCCCACGGUCUGGAACUACUUAAACGGAGUAGUGAACCUUUACAAACCCGCGGGAAUCACUGCCCAACAAGUGCGUAACACCGUUAUUCACAACUUAUGCAGAGAUCUCAACCAACUAAAUGUACGUCCUGCUCUGCAAAGAGUGGUGAUCGAAGAAGGGUUUGAUUCUAGCUUGGUUGUGCGCAAAGAGGAGGAUCUCUCGGACAACGUUCUGGUAGUCGGACCGCGCUAUCAGCCUGAAGAUGUAAAAAUUAGAUUCUGUGCAAAUCUCGGCAAAUUUACGAGCGGUGUAACGGUUUUAGGAAUCAAUUAUGGAACCAAUCUGGCCUUCCGGCUGCAGCAAAACCGGGUACUACGGGUGUACAGGAUUACCGGAUUCCUCGGCAAAGCUACCGAAACCCACUUUGCCGAAUCGCGGGUCGUCGCAAGAGCCACCGUUAGUCAUAUAGGAUCGGAGAAGAUUGGCCGACUGUUGGCAUCGAUCCAGGCGUCCCAUCAACGCAAAAUGUAUGAAUUAAGCGGGAUCGAUAUCCAGUCGCAGGCGGCGUACGAACUGGCCUGCGGAGGCACCAUUCGGCCAGCGGACAACAAACAACCGAUGAUCUAUGGCAUACGGUUAACCGAGUACCGUAAACCGUUCUUUACCGUCGAAGUCCAUGCGAUGAACGAAACAGAGGCAUAUCUUGGAGAACUGAUUCAUGAAAUCGGUAUUAAUCUAAAGUCUUGCGCUCACUGCGUCAACAUCCGUUGCUUACGGCACGGACACUUUACGCUGGAGGAUUCGCUGCUAAAGAAGGACUGGAACCUACAAAACAUCAUCAGCUCGAUGGCGCACACGAACAAGCUAUUAAAGAAAUACCCAUCCAUGCUGGUGCAAACGAGUUCCGCACUACAGACUCUCGAUACGGCGGCGGAUUGAAACGCAAACUGGCGCUUAAAGCAAGGAGGUAGUAAAUCUUAAGGCAACAAAGAAAAAGUGCGUGGGAUGUAGACGUCUCGUAACCUUCACCGAGGAUGGUAGAGACUCGUGUACGUUCAUGACUGUGAUGAAAGUAGUAGAAGACGAUAAUUUAGUCAGAAACACGUGUUUUCUCCUUUCUUGUUGAACUACUGAAAGAAACGGAAUAAACUGCGUCUGCAGACAGACACGAGAGGAUAUAAAUUCUGCCUCGAAGCACCGAUGGCCCACUGGAACCGUGUGCAUUUCGCUUCACGGCUAUUUUUGGAACACU